CAUCAUGCAAGUCGCUUAAGUAUAUAGUCUCUCGUUUCCCAUGUAAUGCUUCUUAAUCCCCACUUCGAUGCUCUCCACUUUCCUCUUCUCUCUUCUGUUCAUUCUUAAUCCCUUCUUUACUUCUUUUUCUCUUUCACAGUCAGUGAACUACACCACAAACUCGGGAAUAUGUGAAACGACACCAGGAGUAUCGCAAUACAGCGGCUAUAUUUAUUUCGAUGACGACGAAAAGGAUGCUAUGUGGUUUUGGUUCUUUCAAGCGAGAAACGACUCUAGUAAUAAGCCGCUGACCGUGUGGUUGAAUGGAGGACCCGGUUGUUCAGCAUUGAUUGGACUUUUCCAGGAACACGGACCAUGUACAGUAAACGCGGACUCGAAUUCCACGACGUACAACCCUUAUAGCUGGAAUAAUUAUACAAACAUGAUAUAUAUCGAUCAACCGUUUGGAGCUGGAUACUCGACGGGGUCAACAUUAGUGAAUUCCACCGAUCAGGCCGCUACGUACUUUUGGAAGGCCUUUCAGAUUUUCUUUGCCGACAGCACGUUCAGCGCAUAUAAGAACAAUGAGUUUAUUAUUGCUACAGAGUCCUACGGUGGUCGCUUCGGGCCCGUGUUCACGCAGUAUUUGCAGUCUCAGAAUGCCAAAAUCGAUAGUGGGGAUCUCGACGCGGAGAAAAUCGUUGUUUCAAAGUUGAUUAUAAGCAACGGCAAACACGACCCUUUGAUCCAGAUGAAAUCCUCCAUAACAUUUGCACAGGACGCUCCAGGGUAUGGUCCCCUUGUCAAUGACAGCGUCCUGGCGGAAGUCACAAAAGCCUUCAAUGUGAAUUGUUCACCUGGGCUGAGUGAUUGUUACGCAGGUGGAAACGACACCGUAUGUCACGACGCGCUAGUUCUCUGUACCCACCAAGUCUUCGCACCUACCGUCGGCGAUCGGAAUCCGGAUGAUUUGAGGCAAAAUUCUACGGAGCAACUUACCGAGGACGACGACGAAGAUGAUUACAGCGAUAUUUUUCCGCCCAAGUACUACUCAACCUACAUCCGGUCGUCAAGUGUCAAAAAAGCCAUCGGCGCCCAGAGCAGCUUCGAUCAGUGCGACACCAGUAUCAAGAAUCGAUUCUCUAAUAACGGGGAGACGGGGAGGUCUUUCCUGUCGAAUUUAGCCGAACUAGCUGAUGCAAAAGAGGUGGACAUAUUGAUAUGGGUUGGUGAUUCGGAUAUGAAGGCUAACUGGAUUGGAGUGCAAGAGUGUAUCGCGCAGAUGGAUUGGUGGGGAAACGAGACAUUCAGCAACCUGAAUUACACAACCUUGGUCCUUGACGGGAACUAUGUAGGAGAAUACAAGGUCGUCCCGAAUGGCGGAAUUAGUUUUGUUCGGGUCUUCGAAGCAGGACACACGAUGCCUGCGUACCAACCUAAGGUUGCGCAAACUGUCUUUGGACGAUUUCUCAACGGAGAGGACAUCGGAGGGGAAGAAAGCCAAUCGAGCGACGAAGAUUCUGCCCUUUCGAACGCCAAGUUUCCAUGGAGAUGGUGGAUAAUUGGAUUUUCGAUUUACGUUCUAAUUGCAACAUAACCUCUUUAUCACAGUAUUUGUCCAGCAUUAUUCUCCUGUAGCACAUACUCUUUUAGAUUGAUUAGAAUUUCCUUGAUGCGCAUCACUAUCUUUAUCCUGUAAUAAAUGAACUGCAG